UUUAACAAAAGGUUCCAACCAUUAAACUUCCGUAAAGCAAUCACACAUUCGUUCCUGUUUUAUUUGCUUCUUACUAAAAAAUAGGAUCUACAGUCAAAGUGGGUUGUGCCGCUGUCAUAAAAAUAAUUUUGUAUAAAAAACAGAUGUGGGCGUUUUUGUUCGUUUACCCCUCAUUGUAUGUCGCUUUAAUAAUGACUCGAUUGUGCGAAUCCAUACCACUGUCUGUUGUAUCUGAAAUCUCAAGUAUAAUACUGAUGUGUGUACUGUACCCUGAUUUCACUCCCACCUUCUCAAAGCACAAUGUGGCGUGGAACUUAAUUCCUCCGCCCCUAAAAAAGGCGAAAGUCCUCAUGGGAUUCGUUCAUGGUUUGGGAGUUUGGGGUUUGGAUUUAAAGAAAAGUGCUUUUUCUCAGGGUAAUACGUGGUCCUUUUUUUUUUUUUCAAAGAUGAUAAAACGAGUCAUUUUUAAAACACUUUGGGUCCAGCUUGGUAGUCAAGCUUGGUUUAAUGUUUCGUCUCUCAUGUUCACACUGAUUUUUGGGAUCUGUUCUGAAUUCCCACCUUCUUGUAGCAGCUGUUCUAUGAGUACCAAUGUUCUUUGGGAAACUAAUAGAAACAAAUCUUUUAUUCUCGGUUUAAAAUAAACAUCCUAUUAUCAUACAUCAGUCUUUGGAUCUAUUACAGCUACAGAUUAUUAUUAUAAGUUUUGAUUUCAUAUUUUGAAGAGUAUCAAUAAAUCACCAAUAAACUAACUUGAUCAAAAUAGAGUAUGAUAGGGGCAGCGUUUCAAUAACUCGCACUUCCAGAUGAGUGGAUGUAAUCUGUCUGUAAACUCAAAAUUUGAUUCUCCUUAUAAUGCAAAUUGGUAAACGGGCUUAGCAAAACUAUAUGCAUGUAUUUAUGCACGACUGUGAUCAGUGGCUCCUCAAAAACCAAACAAACACUUUUUCUUUUAAUUACAAAA